AUGGAGCUGAUGGACAAGUGGAUUCAUCCCCAUAUCCAGAGAGCACUACGCCUCUGUUUGGAUGACCUCCCUGACGACAAGGAUAGCCGGCAGAACCCCAAGCUGUCGGAACCCCGAGAUGACGGCAAGUAUUUCCGGGUUGGAGUGUUCGGUAGCCAAGUGGUCCAGGUGGUCAAGUGGCAGGACUCGAGCUCUCCAAUAGAGGCACUUCUCUCGGACUCCUGCACUACCAUACGAGGCCACCUAUCGAAUGACGCCGUGGCAAAAUAUAGGCUUGAGAGGAAAACUGAUGUCCGAGCAAAUACCAGAGGGGCUCUUAUGAAAAUCACUGAUUUUGAAAUCGUCAUCAACAAGAAGAAGACUCCUGCUCCUAGUCUCGCCCUCUAUAUCCGGAGCUUUGAUAUUCUCGGCUGUGAGGGAACAGGGACCUUCGGCAAUCCGCGCGACAUAUCCAGUUUCCUAGCCAUAUCAGCUUUAGCUGGACAAUGUCAAUCAAUUAGGGCUGAAAGUUAUCUUGAAUGCACAGAUAUGCGGAGAAUGCAACCUCAAGCACCGGUGAGCGCUUCAGACAAUGAAUCGUCACAUUCAUCAGAACUAUCCUUAGCUUCCCAAGCGGACUUUGCGACGCAACUUAACAACAUCACUACAUCUAAGGAGCCGACACGGUGCAAGCCGUUACCGAUGAAUUCGCCGACAAGCUUGAAGUCCCGAGACCUUCUGAAUCUUCUUGUCUCGAACGGACGGGGCCGUGAGACUACGAGAGAUCGCGAUACCCCUAUAUCCGUCGAAUCACUAUCAACCGCUAAAACUAACCUGGACAAAGGGUCAAUGCCACGUCCUAUCAUACCCAACUCAGAUACAUCCAUAAGGUCGGCCACAGUCCCCCCAAAUAUCCCGCGGUGUCCACAGAUUGUUCCAUCCCAGCAAAAUGUGAUGUGUGAUAAAAUACAUCCUCCUAAGGCAGAACCCGAUAAAUCAUCCUCCUCGGACAUCUCUAGCAAACUCCGUCAUAAGAAAGAUAGCAAGAACCCAUCGCCAACGCCAGCAAUUGAUUCGUACCACAGCAGUGAUAGGGGGCCAAUUAAGCCGAAAGAUAGGCGUUCAUCAGCGUCUAAUGCAGGAGGAUGCCAGAGAGAAACAGCUAUUGAUGAUGCUAAACCAUGGAAAAAUGAGAAGCGAAUCAGGCGACAGGACGUGUCUAUUCCACAGGCUCAGCAAGAGAUUUUAGACAGUCCUAACUCCUGGGUUGGGCCGGAAACUCGCUCGUCUUUACUUUCCGGGCAAGUUUCCACAGAGCUGAGUGAUGGGCGCUCCGAAGGCUCGAAUGAGACUGAAUGCAAGAGACACACUGGUUUUGAUGAUCCUAGUCCGUGGAAAAAUACGAAGCGGAUCGGGCGACAAGAUAUGACUAUUCCACAGGACCAACAACAUAAGUUAGACAGUCCUAAUGCCUGGGCUGGACCAGUCACUGACCCGUCUUCACCAGUUGGGCAACUUACCAAAGAGGCCGAUGAUAAGCAGGCGCAUAUGGCUAGGCGCCAAAGAAAAACAAACACCGAUGAUGCUGACCCAUGGAAGGGUUGGAAACGGAUAAGACGACGGGACGUGUUUAUUCCACAAGAUCAGGAAGAGAUUUUGGACAGCCCCAACUCGUGGAUUCCACCUCCAGCCGGCCAGUCCUUACCUUCUGGACGAGUUCCUAUAGAACUAUUGCGGCAAUGGAACGAAGCCCAAACGAAGUCAGAUGAACCGAAAAAUACCCCGGCGUCAGAGAAUAGAGGGUCGGAGGGACCAGAGGAACUGGAUGAACAGUUGACUCAGCCAGAAUUAGUACCCUCGCCUGCGCCAGCUACACUCUCUACUCAGGAGCUUGGUGAGGACGAGUGGCCGCUAACGUCACCUCCGCGUCUUCCUCCUGAUAGUAGUCCACCAAGGGUGCUCCAAAGGCCGAACAAUCCGCCGAUUACCAGGAAAACACAGGAAAACAAUGAAGAAGAUGACAUUGUCGAUGAAGUGCCAGCUUUGCCAGACAGGCAAUACUUCACAAACAUUCGAUCGUCUUCAUUUUUGGUGGGUGUAGAGCCUAGAUCCGGGGAGUACAGUGAUCAUUCAGAUAUCGAAUAUUCUAUCCCAAGAGGCCUUGAAACUUCGACGCAAGAACAUCAAAAGCGAAGUUUCGAACUCGCGCAGGAAGAGUCAAUAUCAAGCUCCGGACCUCAACUGUCACCCUGUCAAGUGGGCUCAUUCACGCAAGUAAAACAGUCGCCGGAAAUCGCACACCCUCAUCGGCAGGCUCCUGCAAAGACAAAAAUAUCAACCAGUCGCGAACGACAGGGCAGCUUGCCUCCCGAUAACGUGAGUAGCACAUCGAAACUUGCCUCUGAGACGGUUAUUCCGGCCACCUUCCCUAGCACCGAUAUUAGGCGAGAGGGACAGCUCGCAGAUGCGUUGGAUAACUCGGGGAGAGAACCUUCACCACCCGUUUCUGCUGACGAUGGUGACGAGAAUGAUGAACGUAUGGCGGGGAGGCAGUUAGCUUCUGAGUUGGACGGGUUUAUGUUGGAUAUCAGCACGCAAAUGGAAACCACUGGUUUUGAUGGCGCUUUUUCUUCGUUGGGCACCCAGAAAAGCACCGGGAAUUUACCAGACACUCCAUGCCCUAAUAUGGGUUCUACUGCUGUGGAAAAUGAUAAUAAAAAGCGGAAACUGGACAGUGACAAUUCGCUCCCGCUUCGCAGUCCGAAACGAAGAAUCAUGGUCUCGCGGACCGCUCAUACCCAAGAAGGACCCAGCACAAGUAGGAAAACAGCCGAGGAUAUCCCUGAUAUUAGCCUCCGCAGGAACUAUUUCAGAAAGCCUUCGCCGUCCUCCGCCGUUGAAAAAAUAUACCUCAAUUUCAAGCGGGCAUACUCAGCUUACGACGGUGAUAUUCACACAUUUACCAAUUCUUGCUUUAAACUUCAAUCGCUGCGCUCAAAAGGAUCGCUAGAGAAGUCGGUGCUAUGGGAUGAUUUCGUCUGUCGCGAAGCUACCCAGUAUCGAGAUUAUGUCCAACAGUGUGACAAGAGAAAUGAAACACCUAAGCCUUAUGAAGAAUAUUUCCUAGAACGUGUUACUGUACCUUCGUUUAAAAAGCGGAACCUAACUGGGAAAAGUAUUGAUCUUGUGCUUGCUUGGCACGAAGGGUCGCAAAAGGAAUGCGAAGUGGUGGAUGUGGAAGAUGCAGUAGAUAACAGAGCCGGGUGCACAGUAGAACAACGGGUGGGAAGUUUUGAACGUGGACUUCAAGAAAGAAACCAAAUGAGCAGUGCCAGUGAUUCCGAACGCCCCGGGAAGAGGAAGAAGAAGAAGGAGGAAAAAACACCCCAUCGGAAAAGACACGACUCCGUGUCAAUCCCAGAUAGCGAAGAAUGGCGUGGCUAUGAGACUCACGAGACUGCAAGUGUUCAAUUAGGGGAUACAGACGACUUCAAAGUCCUUUCCGGCGGCCAGAAACAAAGUUCCUUGGAGUUCAAUGAGGUUGAAAUGGAAGAAGAGUCCAUAAAGUCAUUAGCAGAUGAAACCACGGCUUCUCCCGACGAUAUUGACGAGAGCAAUCCUCGAAAGCGGCCCGGAUCUCCCAAUGAUAAGGUCCUGCCCGUUUUAGAGAUGGAAGAGGGCGCCAGCCUAGGAGAGAUCCCAGGCCGACGGAGUCGCCGAGAACUCAAAGGAAAACAGCCGCAACGCCUCGCCACCCCUUCAAAAGCACUCCUAGGCGAAACGCAAUCCGCAGACGAGAGCUCCAUGGACGAAGCAUUCUACACCACAGACUCUUUCUACCCACCUUACCGUCCACCCAAGCCCCGUCUACAUAAUUCUCAAACGGAUAACACCACCGCUGCCGAAGAACAACCCGCGUCCCCAACAUCGAACUGGUGGAGAGAUCCAAAUACACCGUUCAAAUUCUUUGCUCACGCGUAUUCAAAUCUGCAUACGGAACUAGGGAGGUUCCGGCGCGCUGGAGAGACCGAGGCGGUCCCGGUGGACGAGAACGGUGUCAUUCUUCCUCACAGGGUGUUUGAUUCUGGGGAUGGGCCCGUGGAAGGGCGGAUGACGAGCAUGGGUUGGGAAGUGUGA